AUUUCUCAUCUCUCUAGAUCAAACUCACACAACACACACAGUAAUCCACUCUACCGAAAAAUAAACACUCCCGAGAGAAAAAGAACGCAAUCAAGCAUGAUAAGCUGGAUUAUUUUUAUCCUUUUAGCAACAAUCUUGAGUUUGAAUCUGCUAAAGCAUAUAGGGAAGAAGAGAUCCGGUGAAGUGAAACUGCCACCCGGGCCAUGGAAGCUACCCAUUAUAGGAAACAUACACAAUUUGAUGGGUUCACUUCCUAAACAUGCUCUCGAGAAUUUAGCCCGAAAAUACGGGGAUCUGAUGCACCUUCAACUAGGGGAAAUUUCAACCAUUGUGGUAUCAUCGCCUCAACUAGCCAAAGAGGUUCUAAAGACAAAAGAUGUUACUUUUGCAAAUAGGCCCCAAAUCUUGGCAGCGAAGACCAUAUUGUACAACUAUUCAGGCAUUAUUUUUUCUCCACACGGAGAUUACUGGAGACAAAUCCGGAAAAUAUGUGUUUUGGAACUCCUUAGUGCCAAAAAUGUUCGAUCAUUUGGUUCGAUUCGCCAAGACGAAGUUUUGCAACUCGUUUCAUCGAUUCGGGACGAGGCGGCAACUACUUCUCAUGGUUCCGAAAGAGCCAUAAAUUUGGCCCAAAAGGUUUCCUCAUACACAAGUUCGGUGGUUUGUAGAGCUGCAUUCGGUAGAUCAUUUGGACGACAUCAAGAAAAAUUGUUGGAAUUGAUGAAGGAAGUUUUAGAGCGGUCCAAUGGAUUUGGGGUCUCUGAUAUUUUUCCAUCCUGGAAAAUUCUUCAUUACUUUAGCUCCGAGCCAAAGAUGGUGCAGUUGCGCAACAAGAUUGAUGAGAUAUUGGAUGCCAUAAUUCAAGAGCAUAUCGAGAAUGGAGCUAGAACCAAAACUGGAAACGGAGAGUUCGGGCAAGAAGAUCUUAUUGAUGUUCUAUUGAGAAUCAAAGAUAAUGGUGGUCUUCAGUUCCCAAUUACCAACACAUAUAUCAAGGCUAUUAUACUCGAUAUGUUCAGCGCUGGAAGUGAAACUUCAUCCGUCAUGGUGGAAUGGGCAAUGGCGGAAAUGAUAAAAAAUCCAAAUGUCUUGGUGAAAGCGCAAAGUGAAAUAAGAAAAGUAUUGACGGUAGAGAAAAGAACAAUUGAAGAGACUGAUAUUCACAAACUUAGUUACUUGAAAUUGGUUAUUAAAGAAACGCUAAGACUUCAUCUCGCUCCGGCUCUGAUUUCUAGGGAGAACAUGGAGGACUGUGAAAUCGGCGGAUAUAUUAUCCCUCCCAAAACUAGAGUUAUAAUUAAUGCUUGGGCAAUCGCAAGAGACCCGAGAUAUUGGGACAACUCAGACAGUUUCACACCAGAAAGGUUCGAAGACAGUUUUGUUGAUUUUGGUGGAACUAGUUACGAAUUUCUCCCAUUUGGUUCUGGAAGAAGGAUGUGUCCUGGAAUUUCAUUUGGUUUAGCUAAUAUUGAAAUUCCAUUAGCUAAUAUGUUAUGCUAUUUUGAUUGGAAACUCCCAGAUGAUGCUGAUGGUACUAACUUAGAUAUGACGGAGGACUAUGGAGUAACUAACCCAAGGAAAAAUAACCUAUUAUUGGUCCCCACGAUGUAUGAAUCCCUUGGUACGGUUUAA